AUGCAUGCAGGUUUCCUGAAAACAAGUUCAAAAGAGAGCUCGCAGGGCAACUACGGGCUCAUGGACCUUGUGGCUGGGGUUCAUUGGCUGAGAGAAAAUUUGCCAGCUUUUGGUGGCGAUCCGAAUCGAAUAACUCUCAUGGGCCACGGCACUGGAGCUGCUCUUGCCAACUUUCUCGCUGUUUCUCCCAUGUCUAAAGGAGCGUACGUUGGCCCGUCCAUUCCUCUGGCGCCCGCCAAUGUGGCGACCAACGGUGGUGGUUCGCCGCUCCGGCCCAGGACCAGUCCUCCACCACUGCCUCCGCCCUCGGCUCAGGAAACUAGCCAAGAAAACCAGCAGUCCAACCAUCACCAGGGCUCAGGUAGCGGUCCAUCACCAAUGGCCGCUCUAAUGUCCGUAGCGGACAAUCUCGCAUCGCCGGAGCCAGUGGCCCAACCACCGAACAACCCCAGCCCGACCAGCCGGAGUCCACCGACGACCGCGGCCAACGUCCAACAGCGCAGCGCCUCGCGGGGCUCCCAGCACAGUCCCAACAGUACAGCUCCCUCUGGCAGGAGAUCAAGCGGCUCGCGUCACGUGUCCUCGACGACGGUGACGACAUCGUCGGAGGGUGCGGUGGCCCAAUCAGCUGGUGCCGAACCGGUAAGCACGCCGAUCCUCAAGUGCACGCUCUGCCAGGAGCGCCUCGAGGACACGCACUUCGUCCAGUGCCCGAGCGUGCCCCACCACAAGUUUUGCUUCCCCUGCAGCCGGGAGAGCAUCAAGCGCCAGGGUGCCGGCCAGGAAGUCUACUGUCCGAGCGGAGAAAAGUGUCCCCUGGCCAACAGCACGAUGCCGUGGGCCUUCAUGCAGAACGAGAUAGCCACCAUAUUGGGCGAGGACGCCGCAACCACGGCUCUCAAGGUCAAGAAGGAGCGCGAGUCUUAAGGGGACUCUGGCCAAUCCAUGUCCCCUGACUUCUGAGAGCGUCCGGGUCCACAGUAACCACGUGUGGACGACGACUAUUGUGUAUACAAAACGCACCACCGUGCAAAAACAAGCCGGUUGGUUAUGGUUACUCAAGAAUUUUUGGUCCUCCCGCGAUGUCGCGUGACCUACGUGUUUGCGUGUACAUACGCGGAGGGGGUGGGGGGCGCCCAGCAAUUACAAUAUAGUUUAUUGCGGCUGCUGCUGUUUUCGUCACAAUCAUUGUCAAACGACUCGGCUGUAUUUGAUUUGCGCGCGCGCCCACUACUGACACCAAGCGUGCGCGCGCAUACUUUGUUUGUUGUUGUUGUUGUUGUUGUUGUUGUAUAACCCCUGGUGAAUUCCGGGGGAGGGGGCUGUGAAGGCCCCACAAUACCCCGCAUCCAUCCAAUACGCCGGCAUUGUUGUGUUAUUUCUUUGGCCGAGCCGUGGUAUUUUUACACUAGCAGUACGCUGUACAAUUGCUAUAAGAUCCACCACGCGCGGACGCGAGGAGCUGGACGCGUAUGUUGUAGGGUGAGGAGCCAUCCGAAGAGGCGGUCACCCCACGUUUGGCCGAAGACGUUGUAAUGUGGAUUUACGUGAAACGCUGUGAUGAGAAAAAUCGUUUUAUUAUUACCUUUUGGUUCGCACUGAGAGUGCGUGCAUUUUUUCUUUAUUUUUUUCAAUUUUUGGUCGCUCUGAUAAUUUGCGACGACGCCGCUGUACGGUACUGGCGGAUCGAAGGUGCGAGCUGGGCGUCGUCACUUUUUAUGUUUAAGGAACAAGUACAGCACAGACGAAUUGGUGUACUUUGUAUAAUUUCCGAAUUGUUGUUUUUUUUUUUUGUUUUUUUGUUUUUUUUCUUGUUUUUUUUUUU